CAUGAGGCCGCGAGACAAGACUCGUCACCUUAUGUCGAAAUCUCCAAAGUCUCAAUUGUGUCGAUAGGCCCUCUGGUCAUCUACAUUCAGGACUUUGUUACAGUCGCCGAGUCUGCGCGUCUAAUCGCGUCAGUGUCANNUGAAGGACACUUCAGACCCUCUGAGAUCUGGUCCAAUGAUGGAAGUGAAGGCACGGUUGUGCCAGAAGUCCGGACUUCGUUGUGGGCUUCGCCCAACAUAUCCGAACCAUUGAUCCAGGAGAUACAGGCACGAGCCAAGAGUUCCCAGGGACACAGCAAUGUGGGUGAAAUCGAGCCGUUGAAAGUCCUCCGAUAUGAGCUUGGUGGCCAUUACGAACACUAUCAUGAUUCUCUUCCGGAAGAUAUCGCCCGACAUAGCAUGGAGGGCAAUAGGCAGUCCACUUUCNNUUUUGUGUAUCUGGCUGCAAACUGUACGGGAGGCGGCACCAAUUUCCCACGUCUUACAAAGCCUCAAGGCGAGGAGUGGUGUCAUUUCAUCGAUUGUGAUGAGCCACCUGAGAAGGGCGUCACAUUCAAGCCAAUUGCUGGAAACGCGAUAUCCUGGCAUAAUCUGAUGGUCCAUAGCCAAACCCCUCAUCCAGAUCUUCUGCAUGCGGGCUUGCCUGUCAUCGCNAAGAGAAAGAUAGGUCUGAACAGCUGGAGCUGGACACCAGAUCCCGAGGACCCGUCCACGCCUCCGAUGUAA